AUGGAGAAAGGUCCUAAAGCCUGUAUCGUGUUCCUGUUCGUCGGAUUGGUGCUGACCACAUUGGCAGUGGAUGUGAUGGGCUCCGCGUGUAUCGAACGAAUCCACUCGUUGGGCCGAGGUUUGGACGCCAUGGCGCUGCUUGAGAGCCCUGAAAGGAGCCAAAACUCACAGGUCGCCGCCCACUCCGCUGUGGUUCGCAUUUGUACCCAAGGACGCGGCGGCGAUCCCGUACAUUGA